ACGCCGAGAUCACUCCAGCCGAUGCAUACCACGGUUUUACUUUCUCUCCCCUGGCUUGUAGAAGGUGGCCUUUCCGCGGAUGUAUUGUAUGACCAGGAAAGAGGUGUAAGAGAAGGAACCGACAACAACGAUAACACUGAAAGGGAAUGUGUACCGCUUGAUUCCCUUCAUGUAGGUCGGUCGAGGGUCAUUCUGGUGACACAGUCAGCGCUUGUCCUCUGCAGAAAUGAAGAGACUGAGAGUUGUGUGCAUUCGAGCAUGAGAACAGCCGGAACGCUAACCAACCUGAUAGGCAAUCUGCUUCGCCCGGAUAUUAUUUGGUCUGUUGACGAGCCAGUUGAUCAUCUUGUAGGUUAUUAUCAAAGCUGAAAUGGACGAUGAGAGAAGGUAUAGAUGAGAAGGAAAGGUCAUACAGCGACUGGGGAGGGG